GCUUUCCGUCCAGCUGAGUUUGUUUCAGUCUCCUCUCCCGUCUUCAUUCCUCGAAAAUCUCGAACUCAUUUUUUUCAUGGCAACACACAAUCAUUAGCAUGAUCAUCUUCAGCCAUUCAAUUAGAAUCCCCAACCCCAAACGGUAAUUCCAUCAAAACCUAUUUCAUACAUCUGUCCCAUUGUACAAUUACGCAUCUCUAAUCCUGAGAUUAGAACUUGAGCUCCAUUUCCAUGUCGAAAGACGAUUCAUCCCUUCCAUUCAUCUCCCGAAACAAUCUCAAUCUGAAGAGCGCACAAUACGAAGCAAACGAGAAUGAGUUUGAAAAUUUCUUAAAUUCAGUUCAUUUUCCUCCUCCGAGAACACCUCUUAACACGAUUCCAGAUCCAUCUCAAUACCACAGAGACAAUCAGGAGCUUAAUUUCGAUUUAUUGGAUAAACUCGAAGCUACCGAGCCCUAAGAUCUACUGAGAAAAAAAUUGAAGGUUCAGAUAAUCAGAUCACAUUGAGCAAGGGAGUUGGGAAUGUGGGACCCAAUCGUGCGACUCCUAGGGUUUCUGGUAAAGGAAAAUCUCAUUCUGAACCCAGCUCAGCCCAAAGUACUCCGGCGAGCAUCCUUCCGAGGCCUUCAAUUGUUGGACCAUUGGGGGUGUUUACUGGAUCUAGGCCGCCGCCUCAGUACACUGGAGGAAAAGGAGGUGGCUCAUCUUCUAGGGGUUCUAAAGGCAUUUCCAUAAUGAAUUAUGAGCAAUCAAUCGUAGUUCCACAUUUCGAGCUCGUGGAAGUUCCUUUGUUUUGGAAAGAUCACAAUGUGCAGGUUUUGAUACGUAUUAGGCCAUUGAGUAACACGGAGAAGGUAUCACAGGGGUAUGGUCGAUGCCUAAGACAAGAGAGUGCGCAGACCUUGCUGUGGCUUGGCCAUCCUGAAAGCAGAUUUACAUUUGAUCAUAUAGCCUCCGAAACUAUAUCACAGGAAAAGCUCUUCAGGGUUGCUGGAUUGCCCAUGGUGGAUAAUUGCAUGUCUGGGUACAAUAGCUGCAUGUUUGCUUAUGGUCAGACGGGUAGUGGGAAAACUUUUACCAUGAUGGGUGAGAUAGAUGAGAUGGAUGGCAAGCUUAAUGAUCAUUGUGGGGUAACUCCACGUAUUUUUGAAUAUUUGUUCACACGGAUUGCAGAGGAAGAGGAGAAUAGGAGGAGCGAGAGACUAAAAUACAGCUGCAAGUGUUCUUUUCUGGAGAUCUAUAAUGAGCAGAUAACUGACCUUUUGGAACCUUCAUCAACUAAUUUGCAACUCAGAGAAGACUUGAAGAAAGGAGUGUAUGUUGAAAAUCUUACAGAAUAUAAUGUCAGAACUGUUAAUGAUGUUCUCAGACUUUUGAUACAGGGCGCUGCAAAUAGGAAAAUGGCGGCAACUCAUAUGAACAGUGAGAGCAGCCGAUCCCACAGUGUUUUCACAUGCAUCAUUGAAAGCCAUUGGGAAAAUGAUUCCAUGACACACCUUAGGUUUGGGAGGUUAAAUUUGGUAGACCUAGCUGGUUCUGAAAGGCAGAAGAGCUCUGGGGCAGAAGGUGACCGUUUGAAAGAAGCAGCGAAUAUAAAUAAAUCCCUAUCAACUCUUGGUUUGGUGAUAAUGUCUCUGGUGGAUUUAGCUCAUGGGAAACAUAGACAUGUACCCUACAGGGACUCUAGGCUUACGUUUCUGCUUCAGGAUUCUCUGGGUGGGAACUCAAAAACUACUAUUAUUGCAAAUGUCAGCCCAUCUAUGUGCUCUGCAAAUGAGACAUUAAGCACUUUGAAAUUUGCUCAGAGAGCCAAACUCAUUCAGAACAAUGCUAAAGUGAAUGAAGAUGCUUCAGGUGAUGUAACAACACUGCAGCACCAGAUCCAACUACUGAAGGGUCAAUUAUCUUUUCUGAUGCAACAUCAUAGCAUUUCAAGACCACUUUCACUUUGUGUGCCAAAUCUUGAACAAUCUAGCUUGGUUGAGUUUCCUGAGAGAUUUAACUCAUUUGGCAAAAGAAAUGUGUAUGAAGAUCAUAACAAACCAAGUGGACAAAACAGGAAGAUGAAACACUUGGAAGCCAUUUUAGUUGGUGCCAUGAGGAGAGAAAAAUUGGCUGAUGCUGAAAUCAAAAGAUUAGAAGCAGAAAAUGAACAAAUGAUCCAUUUAGCUCACCAAAGGGAAGAAGAUGCUCAGCAUACUAAAAUGCUGCUAAGGUUUCGUGAGGAAAAAGUUAAACGCUUGGAAAUGCUUGCAGAUGGUGUAGUCUAUGCUGACAAAUAUCUCAUUGAAGAGAACAAUACUCUAAGAGAAGAAAUUCAGCUGCUUCAAGCACGGAUUGAUAAAAAUCCAGAAUUGACUCAAUUUGCAUUAGAGAAUAUUAGACUUCUUGAGCAGCUCAGAUUUUUUCAAGAUUUCUACCAACAAGGAGAGAGAGAAACACUGCUAGCAGAAGUUUCAGAAUUACGUGAUCAGCUUAUGGAAUCACUUACAGCUGAAGGAAACUAUGGGCAGCAUAAUAUCUGUUCAAGAACAGAAAAACAGGAUAAUGAUGCCAUGGAGGAAUUAGAAGAAUGCGGAAACAUGAAUUCCAAACUGAACAGGGAAGUUGCAGAAUUACAAAGAGAACUGAGAAAAUAUAAGAACUAUAACCAAGCUGCAUUUGACUCGGUUGAAACCUUAUCACUCAGGAGUGAAUCCGCAGAUAUGAUGACAUCUUAUAACGAACCAGAGGAUGAUAUUCUACAGAAGGAAAAUGACCAGAAGCUGGGGAAUGCCUUUUUGCAUCAUAGUGUCACUCAGAAAGAGCUGAUGGAUGCAAGAUCCUUGAUAGAAGCGAUGGAAUCAGAGAAAGUUCACCUAAUUGAAGAGCUGCAACUUAUGCGGGAGGAGAAUCAUAGAUUAAUGGAAAUUUUGAGCAAUGAGGAAAAACUAAAGAGAGAAUCCAUGCUUGAACUUGAGAACCAGUGUGCAGAAACAGGUGGUUUUGAAAAUCAAAACUUGAAUUUGGUGACAAAGGGCAGCAAAGAUAUCUUUACAAUGGUAUUGCAAGCCAAGUUGGACAGGAUGACUAGGGACCUUGAGGAGGCACGAUUUCUUAAUAGCCAAUUUCUAGAGGAUCAUGCAUCACGAUUAUCUCGGGAUCACCAAAUUGGAAUGAUCACUGACGAGGUUGAGAUGGAAACAACUAAAACAAUCCUUCAUUUACAGGAAGAGGUUGCUAAUCUUCAAUCCGAACUUAAGGAGAAAUUAUAUUCCAUGGCUGAAGAAAAUAUUCAACUGAGAAACACUGUAGCAACUAAAGAGGAUGAGAUAAGGGUAUUGUGUUUGGAGUGGGAAAGGGCAAUUUUGGAGCUAACAAGCUUCCUUGUAGAUGGUUCUAAAUCCCUUUGCGAUGCCUCUUGCCAUAUAGAAAGUAUUGCAGCUUCAUUUCCUGACAUCAAUGAUUGGAUUAGCGAGAGUGUUGAGAAGGCAGCUAAAGUAUGUGUUGAGAAGGAAAGAACAAUUCUACUAUUGCAGAAGAGCCUGGAAGAUGCACAAAACACAGUUUUGCAAAUGGAGCAGAAAUUAAACUCCUUGAAGGGUGCAACAAUUGCUUUUACUGAAGUUCAGCAACUAGAAAAUUAUGCAAGCACGACAGAGGCAAUUGAGCUAACUACACUGUUGAAAGAAAAGAUAGGUUCGGUAGACUUCUUGCAUCAUAAACUCAUGUGCAAGGAGUAUCAGUUAACUGAAGCAGAAAAACAUGCUAAUGCUGCUUUCUUAGUGGUGAAAUGGUUAUGUGAUCGCCCAAUGAUUGUUCCCAGGGACAUUGUUGUAGGAGAUGCACUCAGUUCAAAACUGGUUAUUUCGUCUCUAAAUGGAAGCCACAAGGCUCCUGAGAUGAAUGCUGAUGGAAAUGCUUUGGCAUUGGAAGAUAUUGACAUUCAAAUUGAGUUGGCAAGGCUGGGACUGUUGGAGAUUGGAAAUGCUAUUAAUGCAUCUUGUGCUGAUGCACAAAUGUAUUUAUCUGUCCUCCAAUCUGACAUCCAGAAAGCAGUUUCUUUAUACAAGGAAAUGGUUCAAGACUUUGUGCAUGACAUUCGUGAGAUGAGAAAUAAUUUUGUGGAGUUCAAGGCGAAUCAUAGAGGUGUUAAUAUUCCUCCACUUCUUAUUCCAUCAUCAGGAAUUGCUAGGUUUCCAAAACAUGAAAACCAGCUGCACCAGAUCAGAUAUGAACUUGCUGAAACAAAUGAUAGGUUGAACUUCAUAAGAGCCUGGAUUAACACAACAAUAGAUAUGUAUGGUUGCCCAGUUAGAGCAGAAAAUUUAGUAGAAAUAGAUGGGUGGAGUGCUGAUUGUUCGACUUCUAACCUUUCAGCUGUAAGCAUUGCUCCAGAAAACAGCUCGGAUAAAUCUUCAUUUAGUUGCUGCUAUGGAUGCCCUGGGAAAAUUACUGAACAAACUUUGGACCAAGAGUUUGAAGGAGGGUCAACUUUUUCUUCUGAUAAUCAAGAAUCAGAACAGUCGGUAAGGCUGGUAAAAAAUUUGAGUCACAAUCAGACAGCACCAUUGUGGUUGAGGGAGGAAUUUAAGAUGAUAUAUGAUGCUUUCAUCACAUUAAAUGUUCAGUUGGCUGCAGUUUUCAGUGGAAAAGAAUUCGAAAAAUGCUCUGAUACGGGAACAUAUUUUCCUGGUUCACUAGCAUUUGUGAGUGGUAUUGAGCACUCUGUACCUCACAAUGGAUUUGAUCAACUUGUAGCACGAGAGGUGAGUCAAAUUAUUCGACCUUCUAAGUUGCAGAGGAAGGAAGCUGAAGCAAGCUGCCAUUCUAAGAGACAGUUAAUUGCUGAUGGGAAAAUUAAUCAUGCUAGCAGCUUCUUCUCCAAAUUAGAGGAGACAUGUGCCACAAUGAAAGAAGCUGAUUAUAUGUUAAAUGCGCUGCUGAAAGCAAAUCAAAAUGCUAAACAGUUAACUUGUUUGUGGAAAAAAGGAAGUCAGGAAUUAGAGGAGGAGAAAGCAAGCUUGAUUGAAGAAAUCAAACAACUUAAUUCCUUGAUUCUUUUGAGAGAGAGAGAAACUGAAAUACUGCAGAAUCAAACUCGUCACAGCUUGGAAGAAAUAGCAAAGGCCAUGUCUUUGCUGGAAGAGUCUUUUCUGCACAUGCAAAGAGAUGUGGAGGAAAUGUGUGAGGUGGUAUUUUCUGAUGCCUUGGCAAUUGUACAGGAGAUGCUGCACUGUACUGGAAACUCAAGAUUAUCACUAGAAGAUAUAUGCUCUAAGACAAUGGAGAAUGGAAUCACUUCUUUGGUGCUACAACAGUGCCUUGUUGAUAAACUCUUUCAAAAAUUCAGAUGCCUAAGCAUAGAUUCCAGACUCAAAGAAGGCUAUAAAAUUAGUAAUAAUUUGAGAAAGAGAUACUUGGUUGCUGAAGAUGACACCAUGGUCAAUGCUGUGAAGAGUACAGAGGAUGUGAAUCAGACAGCAGUGGUCACAGGAUUGGAUGUGGGAGAGUUGGGCCUAGCUCAUGACAGUCACCUUAAUGAAAAUUUGAAUCUCAAGAAAGAAUUGGAACGCAAAGAAGUUUUAUUGAAAGGUUUGCUUUUCGAUUUUAGCUUAUUGCAAGAAUCAGCCUCCAGCACAAAGGACAACAAAGACGAAAUAGAUAAGUUAAUUUCAACUUUAAGCGAAGUUCGGCAGGAGCUACGGAUGAAAACAAGUCAGCUUGAUGAUAUACUAAUUCAGCAUAGAGCACUUGCAGGGCGUCUGACUGAGACCGAAAAUGCUCUAUUCAUCUCAGAUUCUGAUCUAGAGAAGGCCAAAGCAACAUUAGAUAUCUUUUCAGAUCAUAAUGAUGAGUUGAGAAUUCUUUUAGAGGAUCUUUAUGUGCAAAAAUCAGAAACUGAAGAGCAAUUGGAAGAACAAAGGGAGGCUGUCAGAAGUUUAGAAAAAGAAAUUCUUCGUAUGACUUCUUCAGCAGAGAGACAAUUAAUCACUUCGACAAAACACAUUGAGGAUGACUUUAGGAAGGUCACUGGCGAGAGAGACCAACUCCUUGGACUAGUUGACUCCUUGCAACAACAGCUUGAUAUGGCAUACACAUUAGCCAAUGAAAAUGAAGCUGUUGCUAUAGAAGCCCGCCAGGAGUCAGAGGCAAGUAAAAUAUUUGCUGAGCAAAAGGAAGGGGAGGUUAAGAUUUUAGAAAGAUCUGUUGAGGAGCUUGAUUGUACCAUAAAUGUGCUGGAGAAAAAGGUGAAUGAAAUGGAAGAAGACGUCGAAAGACAUCAAUUAAUAAGGGAUUCAUUAGAACAGGAACUCCAAGCACUGAGACAGAGAUUGCUGGCAGUUGAAAAUUUCACUGAAAAUAUGGAUUCUGUACACUCAAAUGCAGAACAAUUAGCUGAAAACCAACUGACAAGGACACCACAAAAUUUGUCCGUUUUACUUCAUGAGGCACACAAUCGGAUUAGAGUUCUUCUGGAGGAAAGAGCAGAACAAGCUAAAGAGAUCAAACAAUACAAAGAUUACGUUCGUGAACUUGUCUUGCAUGCUGAAGCACAGGCAUCACAGUAUCAAGAGAAGUACAAGACCUUGGAGGCAAUGGUUUGCGAUGUUAAAACAGAUUCAUCCAAGUUAACAUCUACAGAACCAAAGGUAGAUAAAACAGAGAGAAGCUCAAUGAAGACAAGGGGUUCUAGCUCACCAUUCAGAUGCAUUGCAAGUUUGGUUCAGCUGGCGAACUUGGAGAAGGAUCAGGAAUUGUUAACAGCCCGGCUUCACCUCGAAGAACUAGAGUCAUUGGCGGCUAGUCGGCAGAAAGAGGUAUGUAUGUUGAAUGCUAGACUGGUUGCGACAGAAAACAUGACACACGAUGUCAUUCGAGAUUUACUUGGUGUCAAACUGGACAUGACUAACUAUGCAAAUUUGAUAGAUCAUUAUCAGCUUCAAAAGGCUGUGGAAGGCGCUCAGCAACAAAUGCAAGAGUCCACAGCAAUGGAGCAAGAAAUUAUCAAUCUAAAGAGGCAGAUUGAUGAAUUAAUGGAAGAGAGAGAAAGAUACAUUUCGGAAGUAAAUAGAAGAGAAGUUGACAUAUUUGAUGCCCAUAUGACCGUUGAACACCUGGAAGAGCGGGAUCAGCUGCUGACCCAACAAAACAAAAUGUUGAAGGUAGACAAAUUCAAUUUGCAGAAAAAGGUGGCAGAACUAGAUGAGAUGGUGAAAAAACUAUUUGGGACACAAAGUAUCCAACCGCGAAAUCGACAGCAAAUGAGUAGCUUGUCGAGGUCAGGUGACACUGAUCUUGGCAAGAGGCUAGCAAAUUCAGAAAAGCUGCUUUUACGAGUUAAUGAUGAACUUGCUCAGUAUCAUAUAUCUGGUUCUGGUAGCAGUCGUCCGCACAUGCAAACUGGAUAGACGUGGCCCUGAAACAUAACUUAGGAAGUAGAAGGCCUUGUUUGAUUAAUUCCUAGCAGCUGUUUGAGGCUUUGGUUUGUUUGCAAAUCCCAUCAGUGCCACUAAUGCCAUUCUGAUGGCGAAAGUUUUGAAUUUGAGACGGCCCAUUGCUUUCAGUUGUACUACAGGGAUGACUGAUCACCGGAGAGAGAUAUCAUGUGUGGAGUUUGGUUCAAGUAUGCAAUGUUUAGGUUUUGUGGAGUUAACGUUAAUGACCAUCCCUCUUCUUAACUCUCUCUUUCCUCCUCUUUAUAUGUUCCUUCUGUUAUUUACGAGUGCAGCUUGCUUUUUUAUUUCUUAACGUAUUUAUUUUAUUUUAUUUUAUUUGUAAUUACUACGAUGUCACCCUGACUGUCACGUGUAGAAAUGAGAUGAAGCAGCAUUCGUGAUCCUCUGCUUUAACUUUAACCCUUAUUGAUAACGUUCAGUGAAUGAAUUUUCCCUAGUCAGAAAUUACUCUUGAAGAAUUGAAAGAA